AAAACCCUCUCUAAACCCUUCCUUUCUUUUGCCACUGCUUCAUCGAAUCAGUGAAGCUCCGAAGCGCUUCAAUGGCGGCUUCUAGUCGUUGAGCCCACAACACUCUCAACACAUUGGCUUAUUCUCCUGCAGCCAUGGCGAUUCUGCUGAAAUCUGUCUUACAAAACCAGGCCUUUCCUCGCUUUCUUCGGAAUCCCCAAUCCGUCUCGCCUCUGUUCACUUCCCGAACCCUAGUCUCGUCGACCGAAGAUCCCAGAAAGCCCCUCUCCGUCUUGUUCGAAGAAGCCGUGGGGUUGAGACCAAGAUCGGAAACGAGCGAAAUCGGAGACGAAGACAACGAAUUGAAGAAACAACUGUUCGAAUUGGAGAGAACACUCGUUGACCUGAAGAAAUCGGAACCUGCGAAGGAUAAGCGGGAGAAAAAGGUUGCAAAACCAAAGGAAAUCGAGGAACGGAAGAGUCUUUCCUCGUUGUUUAGGGGAGAUAAAAGCAAUGAACAGAAGGGUGAAGAUGGUGAUCAGAAACAGGAGGAGAGAAUUAGGGUUUUUAAGGAGCUUCCACUCGAGAUGAUUUCGUUUGUGAAGCUUCUGCACAAGGAAGGGUAUUUGGACAGAGCCAAUUUCCUGCGUGGGGAAAAGUUGGAUGUGGGGAGUUUUGAUGAUGAAUAUGCUAGAACUUUCUUGAAGUUUGCUGCAGAAAGGUUUGCAAGGGAUCACCAAGAAAUAGCCAAGUGGUUAUCAGGCAGCGAUUUGAAGAGUAUUGUGCUAUUCGGUUGCCCGAGUUUGGAGAGAAGGUCUUUGUUCUCUGCCAAAACAUUGCGCAAGUUUUUCGAGAUACCCGAAAACAAUGUGUGUGACAAAUGCAUGAUAAAGGAUAAAUGCAAGUUUCCAAACCAAAGCGUGUGGAAAGGUAACACGAAGAACUUGCAUUUAUCGGUCGUGAUGAAGGUAAUCGCGAUAUACUCAUUGGAUCUGACUCAUCCCGAUCUUCAAGUGCCUGAAGAGAUACAUGGCUCGGUCUUGCGGUUGUUGAUGGAGAUUCAGAAUCUGAGCAAAACCGUCUCCAAAUGUCUCGUUUGAACUAAAACCUUGUCGAUUCGAAUAUGUAAUUUGUCUGAAUGUUAGAUUACUGCUUUGUAGAAUCCAUGCGUUUUACAGAUGCAUGGAUGGAUGAAAUGUGGGAAAGUCUGAACCUUUGGUUCUCUAGUACAAUGGCAGGAAGAUUUGGGAGACUCUCUAUUUGAAUCAGAAGCUUUUAGAAGAA